AUGGACCCCAGAGUCAGUGACAAGGAGCGGGGUGGGGGGUGGCAGGGGGUGAAUGCUACCCAGGUUCCCUGGGCCGCCGUGACGCUGCUGUUGCUGCUAUUGCUGCCGCCGGCGCUGCUGUCGCUUGGGGUGGACGCACAGCCACUGCCCGACUGCUGUCGCCAGAAGACCUGCUCUUGCCGCCUCUACGAACUGUUGCACGGCGCUGGCAACCACGCCGCGGGCAUCCUGACUCUGGGAAAGCGGCGUCCCGGACCCCCGGGCCUCCAGGGCCGGCUGCAGCGCCUUCUGCAGGCCAACGGCAACCACGCUGCCGGCAUCCUGACCAUGGGCCGCCGCGCAGGCGCAGAGCUAGAGCCACGUCCCUGCCCUGGUCGCCGCUGUCUGACCGCAACGGCCACCGCUUUGGCGCCCCGGGGCGGGUCCGGAGUCUGAACCUGUCUUCAGUCCCUGUCCUGGUCCUAUCUUCUCCCCUCUGCUCGCCAGUGUCAGUCUCUAGGAAAACGGCAAUAAAGACAAGUCCCUGAUGGUGUGGCUAAUCUUUGUUCCUGUGUGUCAAGUUCAGGCCUCCAGGGGGCGGGAAAGCAU